AUGGCAAGCCUCAAGGAUUUGCGAUCCUUCAGUCGGGUCUCUUGGAAUCUACUGUUGGCGAUUAUAGUCAUUAAUAUCAGUGUGUUCAGCUUUGGAUUUGAUCAAAGUGUCUUUUCUACAAUCCAGGCAAUGGACGCCUACGAAGAGCGAUUCGGCACCUAUGACCCUUCGACCCAAACAUGGGGCUUCACCGCAGAGCAUCUUUCAUUUUUGAAUUCAUUCGGUCUCCCUGCCAAGUGUCUCGGCGCCGUUUUGGGAUUAUUGAUAGCAGAGAGAUUUGGGAGAAGACCCUCAUACAUCGCAAUGCAGUUCAUUGUGAUUAUCGGUAUUGCCGUCAGUUACAGUGCGCAAACCUUCGGACAAGCACUUGGUGGUAGAAUUAUCGUUCAAUGCUUCGUGGGCUGGGACAACUUCCUGGCACCGAUGUUUCUGGCCGAAAUCAGUCCCACGGCUCUCCGAGGUGGUAUCGUCGUCGUGUAUGUUUUUGCACACAUCCUGGGCUCACUGAUUUGUUCCUUUGUAACCCUCGCAACGUCUUCGUACGAGGGUGAUUCAUCGUGGAAGAUACCACUGGCAGCUAUGUUUUCAUUCCCGCUGUUUGUUUUGGUGUUCUUCUGGUUCAUUCCUGAAAGUCCUCGCUGGCUUGUACGGAAAGGCCAAGACGAGCAGGCUGUCAAACAUCUGCGUUGGCUAAAAGGGUCAUCUGUCUCAGAGCAGGAGGCAAUCGACGAAGUUCAUAGUCUCCACGAGAGCAUUCACUCGGACUUGGAAACGAAGGGACACUGGGUGGACUUCUUGAAGGGUUCAAACAGGCGACGACUCGGAAUCGCCAUAGGAGUGGCAAUGUUUAAUCAAUUGACUGGUCAAAGCUUCAUGAGCCAGUACGGGGCCAUAUUCAUCAAGAGUCUCGAGACGAUGAGCCCCUUUACUUUCAAAGUCAUAUCCUCCGCGGUGACUUGCCUGGGUCCUAUCAUAACGUUCUCCUUCGUCGAUAUUGUUGGUCGACGGAAAUUUUACCUAACCGCAGGAAGUGCUUGUACCGCUGUGCUUCUAAUCUGCGGCGGGCUUGGGACUGGAAAUGUCACCUCCAGUGACAAAACAGGGAUAUUGACGGCGUGCGUGCUGUUCGGUUGGUUUUAUAUCAUGUCAUUCGGGGCUAUCGGUGCUGUUACUGCGGCAGAGGUUCCGCAUCUGCAACUGCGCGACAAAAGUUCAAUGGUCGUUUACUGGACCCAAUUUAUUUGUGACUUUGUUGUGUCAUACACUCUGCCGUAUCUGCUGAAGGCAGGUUACGCCAAUCUUCAAUCGAAAGUCGGUUUUAUUUAUGGCGGAUUUGGGAUCACUGGGAUCAUCUGGGCAUACUUUUGCCUCCCAGAUAUGUCAGGGCGCUCUCUAGAAGAACUGGAGGUCAUGUGGACUGAAAAAGUCCCCGCGCGUCAAUUCCGAAGUUUGUCCCUCUGA